UGGGCAGAUGUAUGCAAUGCAUAUUUAGUAGAAGCAAUAUGGUACAAAAGAGGACACAAACCAAAUAUGGAAGAGUAUAUGCAAAAUGCUUGGAAAUCAAUAUCAGCCCCAACGAUAUUUGUUCACUUCUACUGCGUAUUCUCCGACCAACUCUCUAUUCAAGUUCUGGAGACUUUGUCCGAACACCAACAAAAGAUCGUUCGAUGCUCUGCGUCUGUGUUCCGUCUAGCGAACGACCUUGUAACCUCGCCGGAUGAAUUGGCGAGAGGAGAUGUGCCUAAAUCGAUCCAGUGUUACAUGACCGAUACCGGAGCUUCAGAAGUGAAAGCACGUGUGCACGUGCGGCAGAUGAUCAACGAAAUGUGGGACGAAAUGAAUUACGAAAAAAUGCAAAGUCGCUCUUCCGUAAUCCCUCAAGAAUUUGUGGAAGCGGUAAUGAAUUUGGCACGUAUGUCCCAAUGCAUGUAUCAAUAUGGAGAUGGCCAUGGCUCUCCAGAGAAAGCCAAAAUCACUGAUCGUAUCGUCUCCUUACUCUUUAACUCCAUUCCACUAGAUUGACAUGUAUACAUUAAUUAUGUUAAGGGAAUUUAGUCCGAUGAAAUAAUAUUUGCUCUCGUGCUUGAGAA